GACUUCGGGACCCUUGUCGCCAGGAAACAGCUAACCCACCUUGUUUCCCAGACUAACACGUCACUCCAAUCGUAAGCUUGCACAGCUCCUUGCAAGCUACCAGUAUUUGACUCGCUGGUUGAAAUCUGUUCCCUUUCCUCCUCAAAUUCGCAAGAACAUAGCAACGGAAGCAUCACAAAAACCGACAACAUCCACAAUUGAGCCCUUCAGAAAUCAGCCAAGAUGACGCUCUACUACACCUUGGUCUUUAUGCUCCUCGUGGCAGAAAUGACCCUUUUCAUGUUUCUGAUACUGCCAAUGCCCUUCCCGAUACGGCGGAAGGUGUUUACUUUCAUUUCUGAGAACCCUAUAGUCGCAAAAGUCCAAUACUGGCUCAAGAUCACCUUUGUCUUCAUCUUGAUUCUCUUCAUCGACAGUGUCAACCGUGUCUAUCGGGUCCAAGUUGAGCUGGCAGCGGCCACUGAGAACACGGGCACCUCUGCGCCCGCCAUCAUGGGCCACGAGCGCCUCGAGGUGCAAGCGCGCAAGUUCUACUCGCAGCGCAACAUGUACCUGUGCGGCUUCACGCUCUUCCUCUCGCUGAUCCUCAACCGAACCUACACGAUGAUCCUGGAGGUGCUGCGGCUGGAGGAGAAGGUGAAGCAGUACGAGGGCACGGAGAAGAACACCAAGCAGGCCGAGAAGCUGGCCAUGGCGGGCGACCCGGGCGAGAUCUCGCGGCUGAAGCGCGAGGUCGAGCUGCGCGACCAGGACAUCGCCACGCUUAAGAAGCAGGCCGCGGGGCUGCACAAGGAGUACGACGCCCUGGCGGACAAGUACGGACGCACCCUGGAGGACGGGAGCUCGAAGAAGGACAAAUAGGAAGAUGGCCUUUGGGACGGCCUCGAGACCCUUGGGGCGACCUCGUCGGUGGAGGAGAAGGAGGGCGAUACGCCAAAGCAGCGGAAGGCGCAGUCGCCGGAAAACAUAUGGUCACCUUGAAAGGUUGGCUGGCAGCUUGGUCAAGGUUGUCGUGCAGUCGCAGGCCAAGAUGGACUGAUGAGGUGUUGGUCAGUAGGAUAUUGGAGGAGAAAACGUGCCGGGGGGUAGGAUUUGACAUACCUUAUCAUAUCAUGGGGAUUCAGCGAUAACAUUCAGGCGUUUUGUUUGACUCAGAAACUCUUAUCGGCUGGGUGGCAUGCCUUUAUCGCGGGAGCUAGGUUGACGUA